CAACAGAACAACAAAUAAACACUGUCUUCGAAGAAAAUGAUAUAUUAGGUGAAAUUACAACAUUAGAACACCCUCUAAAUGACGAAAUGACAAUUGACUCUAAAGUAUUACGAGCUAAUCAACAAUUUCAGAGCUCUUGGAAACGGCGAAACACGAAAAUACGAAUAAAGAGGAAGAAAACGUUGCCUAAACGGAGGAUUAAAGAAAUUUGGCAACAAUUGGGAGAAUGCUUUUCUUCCAGAGGCC